AUGGAAGACGAUGGGAUAAAUGACCUUUUGAGUAUUCGUGCAUUUGGUGCUUCGCGGGACAGUUGGCUGCCAGAAACCUUGGGGAUCUUGCAGGAGGAAGAGUCCUUGGGUCAGCCAGGGACAAAAAUCCUUGAGCCAGGCACCCCUCUGUCUGUUCUGAUGAGAGAAUGUGUUCUACAACAAAAUUUUCUCACAGGGAAGGGGCCUACAGAGAAAUUGGGAGGUUUCCAGAGACGUGAUCUUAGGUUCAACACUCUUGAAGAGAUGGUGUCUCCUUAUGGUUCUGACAGUGAGACUGGAAGUGUGGAUUUGCAGCUCAGCAACUUGAAAGAUCCAAGUAUCCCUGAUCUCAUAGACUCGGACAUUUCUGAUACCCCUGGAACUUCUCGAAAAGUUGUUACAGAAAAUGUUACACAUUCAGAGCCUCAAGGGGUUAUAAUAGAAACGCUGAAAAAUUCCAUCCAGAACUACCUCAGCGGUGAUCGGAAGGGUGAUCCUGAAAAGCUGACAUUCUUGCGAUCUUUGUCCACUCUCAGCCGAACUUUACCCUGUGAUGAAACCACUGAAUCAUUCAUUCACGAGCACAUCUCACAAAUCUUGGAUGCUAUAGCUAUGCUCAUUCAACAGGAAUCACUUCACUCGCUCUUCAGUCCUAUGCGCCAGAAAGUCUUCAUAGCUAUCACUGACCUGAGUCACCAAGGUGUCAAUUUACUACAUGGGUCUGAAAAUAGAUCCGAUUUGUUCAAUGCUCUCAUUAAAAGCAUUAUAACGCUGCCCUCCAUAAAGACUUUAAAUAUACUUCAAACAGUCAUGCCAAGUGGACAGUACAACACAGAGUCUCUCUACAGGCAGACAUUUCAGGCAUUCUGUGAAAUGCUUCAAUGUUUGGCGAUACAAGACCCACAUUUAGAAAAUCUUGAUCGAAUUUUGGAGCACAUGGAGCCAUGGUUACAGUCAGCAAAAGACCAUGAACGAGAGAGAGCUACAGCCAGCAUGUCUCAAAUGCUGGGAUGCUUAUCUAGACAUCUCAACUUGCAACCUCCUCUGCGGUUUCAAAAACUAGGAAACCUGGUGGCUCUGAUGGCCCUGCUUUGUGGGGACCCAGUGGAGGAGGUGGCUCAGGAGGCCGCUGAGGGUGCCCACUACCUGCUCCACAUCACCGUGAGGCUGAAGUGUAUCAUUAAUGAUCAAAGGAAUCGCCAGAAUUUAAAAGAAGCAAUGAAAAAAUGUAAAGAAUUUCUGGAAAUCUGCAGCAUCAAACAGCUCUGUGGUAACCCCUUCAAAAUUGCACAGAUCUUUGAAGUUUUUCUCAGUCCAAAUGAACUUGCUCAGUUUAUAGUGACUACCUUGGAUGGACUAAAAAAUCUGAAACAUCCUUGUACCCAGCAAUCAGCGGGAGAGUUGCUGGUGACUUUGGUUAAAAGUGCUGAAACAAGGUUUGAGAAGGUAUCGGAUAUCAUGGGAGCUGUUUGCGUCCGGCUGCCCGUAAUCAGUCAGCCUAGUGCCCGCCGGCAGGCCAUGAGCAUCGUGAGCCUAUUCAUCUCCAGGCCCAAGUAUACAGAUGUGGUGCUCACCCACCUUUUGUUUCAUCCGAUCCCAUUUGACAGGCAUUUGGCUGAGUUGUGGAGGACUCUUGAUGUCGACUUGCCCAGCACUACUUGGAUUCUGUGGAGACUGCUACGGAUGCUCCAGAAGUGCCAUAUUGUGGAUCAGGACAAGAUGGACUAUGUAGCUGUGGCGGCAACUGAUGCUCUUUAUGAGGUAUUUGUGGGAAAUAAGCUCCGAGCAGCAACGUAUCGCCUUUUCCCUCAACUCCUCAUGGCCCUCCUCAUUCAGGUUCAUCAUAGCAUUGGCCUUACAAUGUCAGAUAUCAUUAUUCCAAAUGGUGUGUACACCAAGCAAGAAGCGAUUUCCACCUCUACCCCUUUGAGCUUUGCCAUGCAGGCUACCAAGACCCUUCUCCUAAGAACAGCAUGUUGGUAUGAAUUUGAUACCAUGGAAAAGAAAAAAGGAUGGAACCUUCUGGAAGGAGAAAAUUUUCAUCUUGAAGGAGUAUCUGUUCUUGCCAAUGCUUUAUUGGAAAAACAUGGUAUCCUUGCUCAGAAGGUCUUCUACUUGUUGAUUCCUUUACUUAAUCGAGGGAAUGAGAAACAUAGACUUACAUCUGCAGCCUUCUUUAUUGAGUUUUUCCGGAGUCCACUGGCCAAGAGGCUUCCUAGAAGAUAUUCCAUCACUCGAUUAGAAGAAUGGCUACACCAUGAAAAUCAACAAUUCAGAGUUCUCAGCCUGAAAGGAAUAGACAGUCUUCUCCGCCAUCAUCAAGGAAAGGAAGCUAUCAAAGGCAUGAUACCCGUCAUCUUAAGCAAUUUAAGUGAAACAAAUGAAAAGAUUGUUUUAUUAUCCAUCAGUAUACUCCGAAGUCUCCUUGAUACCAUGGACUUUACUACACUCAAAACUACCAUGCAGACCCUGUUCUCCCUAUUUAGUGAUGUUAGACCAAAUAUUCAUCUUUUGGCUGUGAAGCUCUUUGGAGACUCCAUUAAGAUGGUGAAACACAAAGAUAAGAAGGCCAUAGAGGGCCAAAUUCUAGAGAGCUUGAUUCCAUUACUUCUCCACUUGCAGGAUCAAGAUGAUGCUGUUGCUGAGGAGAGCUGUAAGGUUCUUACUAUGUGUUGCCAAUUCUUAAAGUGGAGGCUGCCACGAGAAGUGUACAAUAAAGAUUCUUGGCACAGCAAUCCUUCAGGAAUAGGAGUAGUCUGCAAAUUCUUUGAACAAAAAUGUAGGGGAAAAUGUAACAUCAUGAUGCAGACCAUAAAAUAUGUCCAAAACCAUCAAGUCCAUUUAAGAAGGGCAGCGGUACUCUUCAUAGGGCUCUUAGCUAAGUACAUGGACCACAGUGAACUCCGUAUGAAGGGGACAGAGUGGAUAGAGGAUGUUCUGAGACCUCUGCUGUAUGAUUCUGAGCCUUCUGUGCGUAUCCUUGCAUCCCAGGCUCUUUGCAGGGUACAAAAAGCAGGUGUAGAACCAGAGCCCACACCUGUAGUGUGCAGUAAGGCACGAACACCAAGUAGCCCACGAUGGCAGUAUCCUUCUGGACUGAGAGUCUGGAACCAGACUGUGAAAGGCUUAAAUGCGCAGCAGAAGAGUUUGUAUUUUAUGCUAGAUGCAGUAGCUCUUGAGCAGGGGGGUCUUCCAAGGGGCUCCGUGACACAGAAGAGGGUUAAGAGCCUCGGACUAGCUCUGCCUUUCCAGCGCCUAGGCAUCCUCGCCCCAGGGCGCACAGACGAAGCUGCCCGGAAAGCCCUGGAUAACGGGCUGACGCUGCCGAAACCCUUUUCCCUGCCUCGUUCGGAGGAGGCAGGAGGGAUCCAGCAGCUGGGCUGGCUCCUGGGAGAAGGUUGUAGGAGAGCAGGACUGCCCACGGCUCCGCGAUGCCCCGCCCCUUUCCGGGAUAGAGUUUUCGCGCGCUUUGGCGCGGGGGAUUGUGGGGGAGCCGUGGCACCCGGAGUGUGA